AUGAGUUUCGAAGACUUUGCAAAGAAAACUAGAUUUAACAAAUCCAUUGCAGAAGGAACAGUUCAGCAACCGUCGAUAAGCACCCAAUUGAUCAAAAGUGGAUGGAGCAGAGAGGAAUGUAACAACAUCGCCAGCAGAUACUCAAUAUCACCGAAAUUAAGAGACUCCGUAACACAAAGGACGAUCAUCAUCCAAUUUCUUAAAUUCUAUACCACCGGAAACGUAGAUGAGGGAUAUGACCCACAGAAUGUCAUAUUGUCAACAGCGUCCCUUCUAUUCAAGCCGGAAGCAACGAAGAGCAAGGACCUGAUCUGGCCUGAUUCUAGAUACAGUAACAAUGAGCCUUUCUAUUCUAUCGUAGAAAAGCAGGAAGUCACAACUUUGUCUUACUCCACAACAGAAACUAGGUCAGAGCCGGAGACAGUUAUAAUAAAAGACGCACAGAUUCAUUGA